AUGUCUAGCUAUCGUCUGGGGGAUCCGGAAAAUGCGCCCCUACCUGGAGGGGUACCACUUCACGGUGCUAACCGACCACCAAGCCCUCCGCUGGCUGCAAACGCCAGACAGUCCGUCCGGCCGUCUCGCCCGUUGGAGCAUGGAGCUCCAACACUACGAUUUUACGGUACGCUAUCGAAGAGGGGAGAACAACCUAGUGGCCGACGCGCUAUCCCGCCAGCCAGAGGACCCGCCGGAAGAGGAGGCGGACACCGUCAACGGGCCGGACCCGUGGUACGACCGGCUCCGGCAGGCAGUCGAAACCAACCCAGGGAAACACCCGGAAUACCGCCUGCAAGGCAACCAGCUCUACCGCCACAUACCGGACUCCACAGGCCUCCACCCCGACCUGGAGUGGAAAGAAUGCGUACCAAAGGACCGCCGGCAACACGUCCUAACCGAGAACCACGACGUACCAACCGCCGGCCACCUGGGCACCCGGAAGACCAACGCUCGGCUGGCCCGUCACUACUACUGGCCAGGCAUGUUUCGCGACGCCGCCCAGCACGUACGAGGCUGCCCGAGCUGCCUCGCGCACAAGGUGCUGCAACAAGCCCCAGCCGGCGCCAUGCACUCAACACCAACCAACAGCCCGUGGGAGGUAGUGACCGCCGACCUGGUGGGGCCCCUACCACGAUCCAGAAAAGGCCACACCACGCUCCUGGUUAUGCAGGAUAA